AUGUCUUCUCACAGGACUUUCAGGAUUAAGCGAUUCCUGGCCAAGAAACAAAAGCAAAAUCGUCCCAUUCCCCAGUGGAUUCAGAUGAAAAAUGGAAAUAAAAUAAGGUACAACUCCAAAAGGAGACAUUGGAGAAGAACCAAGCUGGAUCUAUAA